AUGUCGGGGAAGAGAAAGAGGAAGUUGAAAUUGCUAAGCGACACAAUCACAGAUAAUAGAAGAGCAGUUGAUGAGGUGAAAAGUGAAAAUUUAGAGCUGCAAUCCUGGGCUGAUCUCCCUGCUGAACUCUUAGAAUUAAUCUUGUCUCGGUUGAUCCUAGCGGAUAACAUCCGCGCUUCUUCUGUUUGCAAGAGAUGGCAUUCUGUUGCCAGUGAUGUACGUGUAGUAAACCAAUCACCGUGGCUUAUGUAUUUUCCGAAAUUUGGUGACUGUUAUGAAUUUUAUGAUCCUGUGCAGCGUAAGACCUACACCCUUGAGUUGCCAGAGUUGAAUGGAUCCAGAGUUUGUUAUACAAAAGAUGGUUGGUUAUUACUAUACCGGCCCAGAACUCACCGAGUAUUCUUCUUUAAUCCCUUUACACGGGAGCUGAUAAAACUGCCAAGAUUUGAGAUGACAUACCAAAUUGUUGCCUUUUCUUGUGCUCCAACAACACCUGGCUGUGUUCUAUUCACUGUUAAGCAUGUUAGUCCUCUUGUUGUGGCUAUUAGCACUUGUUAUCCUGGGGCAACAGAAUGGACCACUGUUAAUCACCCAAACCGCUUGCCCUUUGUCAGUAGUAUUUGGAAUAAGCUUGUGUUUUGUAACGGGUUAUUUUAUUGUCUGAGCCUCACAGGUUGGCUUGGGGUGUUUGACCCGGUUGAAUGUAUUUGGAGUGUUCUGGCAGUACCUCCACCCAAAUGCCCAGAGAAUUUUUUUGCCAAAAACUGGUGGAAGGGGAAAUUUAUGACAGAGCAUGAAGGAGAUAUAUUAGUAAUUUAUACAUGCUGUAGUGGAAACCCCAUUAUUUUUAAGUUAGAUCAGACAUUAAUGAAAUGGGAAGAGAUGACAACUCUAGAUGGAGUAACUCUUUUUGCUAGUUUUUUGUCAUCUCAUUCCAGGACCGACCUCAUUGGAAUAAUGAGGAACAAUGUCUACUUCUCUAAAGUUCGUUUCUAUGGAAAGCGUUGCAUAUCAUUCUCUCUUGAUGAUUAUAGAUACUAUCCCCGUAAACAGUGUCAUGACUGGGGAGAACAAGACCCUUUUGAGAACAUAUGGAUUGAACCACCAAAGGACUUUUCUGCUUGCAUGUGA